AUGGAACAAUCCCUAAAUUCACCCUCUUGCUAUACGGACGACGCAAAUGCGAGCAGACGAGGUGACAACAGCCUUCUUUAUGCCCUUGGUGGCAUCGAUACCGCGUCGGACGAUUGCAGUGGACAAAUCGGAGACAUCAGCAAAAGCUCAGACGUCGAGGAGGAUCAUUGUGAUACAGGGUCCUGUGCUCCCAAAAGUGACUCACCGACAUCGAAUCCAGACAACAAGGGAGGCGAUUCGGAUGAUAAGUGCGGUUGUUGUGCAGGAAAGGGUGAAACGGUCGAACGAGGAGAUGAAGCAAAAGAGUUGGAGAGUGCAUGCGGUGAUAGUUGCUGUGGCGGAGAGGAAAAUGCUGAGAAGGAAGAUACAAGCGAAAGUUGCAAGGACGGCUGUUGUGGGGAGCUCAAGAGGGUCAGUGAGCAGGAUGCCGCCUGUGAGAAAGCAUGCUGCACCAAAGCGGUCGAGAUUACCAGCAAGGAAUGCGAUGAAGAAUCCGUGGAUGCCUGUGGAUGUUGUGCGCCAGAGGAGGAAGAUGGAUCUUCCAGUGCACCUCAGGAGAACGACAUGGAAGAAGAUUCGGCAUGCCCGUGCUGCAUCCAGGUGCUUAUCAACGAACCCGCUCUGAGAGCGAAGCCCACACCCUCGCACACUCCUCUCGACGACGUUGUCGAAUCCGCGAGAUCGCGGCUAGAAUCAUCUGCUCGCAUUCUUCGAGCAUGCUGCAAGACCCUCGAGGACUACUGUGUCGGUCGUUCUUGCUGUUUUGUAGCACCUCCAACGCACCCAAAGAAACCCUCGACAAGUCGGAGUCCAGUCAAAAAGGACCAAUCACGCGGACCAAACGUUACCCCCAUCAGCGAAGUGCCCAAGGAUGUUGCAGGUCGCGAGAAGCUUCGCCUCGAGGUCCGAGGCAUGGACUGUCCCGACUGUACACCCAAGGUCCUACGUGCCUUAUCCCACCUCCCAUCGGUUCAUGGCUGCUCCAUUGACUACUUCAGUGGCAUGGCUGAACUUUAUCAUGAUCCAGAAAGCAUCUCACCGUCUGCAAUCGCCUCUUAUGUUGCACGCGCGACAGGGUUCGGAGUUCGGCCAUUGACAAACCUAGCGAAUGGGGAAUCGGCCAUCGUCACUCUCCCUCUCUCCUUUGCCGUCAAGCCUCCAGCGGAGGCAUUCGCAGGGUUAGAUACUGCCCCAGGGUCAGAUCCCUGCGUCGUAGACAUAUCUUUUCCAGUCAGCCCAGACAAACCUCAACGGCCACGAGAUAUUCUUGCACAGUUCAAACCAUAUGGUGCCGAACUUGCCCCCAAUGCACCUCGCGGCGAACGCGACAACGCAACGCGCGACUUAAUCAACGUCGGCCUCCGCACUUUGGCCAGCGCCAUCCUUUCGACUCCCAUUCUUGUUCUCGCGUGGGCUGAUUUACCUCCUCGACCGGUCCUCCAUGGUGCCAUCUCCGUGGCACUCGCUACCGGCAUUCAACUUCUUGGAUAUUCUAUCCUCUCAUCAGCUUUUCGUUCUAUCCUUUAUCUUCGUCAAAUCGAUUUGAGUGUCCUAGUUGCCGUCAGCACCCUCAUAGCUUACCUCUUCUCGGUCAUCGCAUAUGCUUUCGAGGUCGCAGGCCGAUCUUUCUCAGCUCCUUUCUUCGAGACUACUGCCCUCCUCGUCACCCUUAUCCUGCUAGGUCGCACCAUUGCCGCUGCUACUCGACAAUCGACGAUGUCUGCCCUGCGUGAGUUGGAGAGACUUCAGCCGAACGACGUCUUGCUCCUAUCGGGAGAGAGCAACUCAAUGACGGUGACAUUGGAUUCGCGGUUAUUGUUCUACGGAGACGUCAUUCGUAUCCCACCAGACACUCGUAUCGCAACAGACGGCAUCAUCAUCAGUGGAUCCAGUGAUGUAGACGAGUCCUCGAUCACAGGCGAAAGCGUCGCAGUGCCCAAGGAGACAGGAAACCGCGUGAUCGCUAGUACUCUCAACCUGAACGGCACACUGGACGUCCAAGUUACACGUCUCAUCCACGAGAACUCGCUUUCGCGAAUCACCAUGCUCGUCAAACACGCUCAGAUGACACGCGCCGCCCAGUCGCCAGUUCAGGAUUUGGCGGAUAGGUUGUCGGCUUGGAUACUUCCGAUAGCUACUUUUGCUGCUUUCACCGCGUUCGUUGUUUGGGUUCUGGUGGGGAUUUAUGUUAUACACCUAUCAAAGACAGCGGCAUCUGUGGACGCGCUGACGUAUAUGAUUGCUGUUUUCGUUGUCAGUUGCCCUUGUGCAGUUGGGCUCGCAGUGCCCAUGGUGAUUUCUCGCUCGAUUCGCAUCGCACUGAAGGAGGGUGUACUUUUCCGCUCACCUACCGUCCUACAACUGGCCAACAACGUCGAUACUCUGGUGUUUGACAAGACUGGAACUCUAACUCAAGGGUUGUUUUCCGUUGAACGGGUGGAGGUCCUAGUUAAAGGCGCCGAACCGCUUAUAAUGGCACUCAUCAAAGAUAAUAAACAUCCGAUUUCGCAAGGUGUCUAUCGAUACCUUACCUCUCAACGCCCAUCAACUGGAGGCAAGGAACUGCUAGAGAAAGGCGGGGUUCAAGUUUCCGACAUUGUGUCUCUCCCAGGAAAAGGAAUCAAGGCUACCAUACAAGGGUUUCCGCUCCUUGGCGGCAGUCCGAGCUUCACAGGCGCAUGCAAUCAUCCCAUCUCGGUCGAACUCCAAACCUCGGGUCUUUCGCUUUUCAGCGUCACGCUUGCAGGUCAGCCUCUCGUAAUUUUUGGACUCGUCGACACACCUCGUCCUGAAGCCAAAACACUGCUCAACGAACUCAAGAAACGGGGUAAAAAGGUGGUCAUCAUGAGUGGUGAUACGCCUUCCUCCGUCCAUCGUCUCGCUGAGACUCUUGGCCUCCCCUCUACCGAUGUCUUUUCUGGGUGUACGCCAGAGGACAAGGACACAUCCAUUGCUGCUUUACAAGCUAAAGGCAGCCGUGUUUGCUUCAUUGGGGAUGGGACGAAUGACGCCCCAGCGCUCUCGCGUGCUGACGUCUCUUUGGCUGUUGCCUCUGGCUCUGAGGUUGCUCUAGGUGCAGCCGGUGCGGUCCUCCUGGGUUCUGACCUCAAUCGAGGGGUGCUCACGCUGUUGCAUAUCGCAAGAGAUGCGAAGAGGCAUUGCUUGUUGGCUUUAGGUUGGUGUGUGGUGUAUAAUGUGUUUGCAAUUCUGCUUGCUUCUGGGGUGUUUGUCAAGGUUAGAAUUGAGCCGAGGUGGGCUGGUGUAGGAGAGGUUGUAAGUGUUCUUCCAGUGAUUGGCGUUGCGUUCUUGUUGGAUGUGAAGUGGGGGCGGGGAAAGAAGAGGAUGUGA